GGAAAAAUUUGUGUGCCAUCGUUGUGCCCUGCUGCUGUUGCUUCUGGCUUUCAUUUUCCACGGAAAGAAGAGAACCUACUGCUGCUAGAGCCCACCGAUUUGGAAAACGACGGAAGUUCCGGAGUAAUUGCGAAAUAAUCCCGUUCAGCACGAAAAAGCAAAAUUUUGCGUCUCGCAAAGGAAGCAAAUUUUACGUGUGAGUGCAAGGAAAUUCGCUUUUCCUUACGGGCACCCUUUGGCAUCCCGUUUCCCCGCCGUGGUGUGUGUGUGACGAAUAUGGUUUAUUGAUUCACUCGAAGCUGUCCAUGUCGUAAAAGGGAAAAACGAGAAUCUUUACAAAAAUCUGGAACAGUAAUGUCAUCACGGUAAUUUUUCUUCCGAAUGAUAGUUCUUGUGUGUAGUAAUUUUCUAAUCUCUGAAAAGAUUGGUAAAAAUUAAGUGCAAAAGUGAGCCUGCGUGUCAAAGUUUCCAGUUUUUGCUUUUCUGUUUGUUUUGCACGAUAAAGAAAAAGUUUCACGAAUCGAAGAGAAAAAUAUAUGAAAGAUUUGCAUUGACAAAACAAACGAGUUUGAUCAGGCGAAUCAAAAGCUUUAGAUGUGAAGAAAAAAUUAGUGCACACUAAAUGUAUGAAAACCUAUGGGUAAAGCCAUCGAAGUGUAAAUAUAAAGUUUUAAGUAAAUAGUGCGUACAUUACGAAAGUUGUUCGAAAAAGAAGAUUAUAAAAGUCAGUUUGUUAAGUGGUAGAAAUAUACAAAUUGUGCAGUGACAUUCGUUCCGGCUGAUAACCAUGGAGGUGGUUGGGAACUUCGAGUACAAUAGCAAAGAUUUGAUCGGUCAUGGUGCGUUCGCAGUUGUCUUCAAGGGUCGUCACCGGGAGAAACAUUUCCCGGUCGCGAUUAAAAGCAUAACCAAGAAAAGCCUCGCCAAGUCGCAGAGCCUGCUCGGGAAGGAAAUCAAAAUCCUUCGGGAGCUCAGUGCACUGCACCACGAGAAUGUCGUCACCCUGCUGGCCUGCACCGAGAAGGAUCACAACGUAUACCUGGUGAUGGAGUACUGCAGCGGUGGUGAUUUAGCGGAUUAUCUGGCUGUCAAGGGUACCCUGAGCGAGGACACGAUACGACUGUUUUUAUGUCAAUUAGCAAGCGCAAUGAAGGCAUUGUAUGCAGUCGGUGUCGUCCAUCGGGAUCUGAAGCCGCAAAACAUUCUACUGUCCCACAACUGCGGAAAAAAUCUUCCGGCGCCAUCGAAGAUUACACUCAAAAUAGCCGAUUUCGGUUUCGCUCGGUUUCUCCAGGAUGGAAACAUGGCGGCAACGCUGUGCGGAUCGCCGAUGUACAUGGCCCCAGAAGUCAUUAUGUCACUGCAGUACGAUGCGAAAGCUGACCUCUGGUCACUUGGAACCAUCGUUUUCCAGUGCUUAACCGGCAAGGCACCAUUCCAGGCUCAAACACCCCAAGAGCUGAAAAUGUUCUACGAAAAGAAUGCAAAUCUAGCUCCAAAAAUUCCCCCAGGAACCUCGAAAGAACUGACAGACUUGCUAAUGGGACUAUUGCGAAGAAACGCUAAGGAACGAAUGAACUUUGACAUGUUCUUCUGUCACGCUUUCCUGCAACGACAGAUAACUCCACAAAACAGUGAAGCUCCGCACACUUCGGCUGGAUCGCAACAAGCGGCAGGCAAAGUUACUAGUCCACAUCAGAAAACGGCGCUGUCACCAUUACAACAACAGCAGCUGUUAAGACAACAACAACAACAGCAAACCCAACUCCAAAUUCAACAACAGACCCAACAACUACAACAACUACAGCUGCAGGAACAACAGAAACAGCAAACUUUGGAAAAUAAUAACGUGCCAGCUGAAAUCGAUGACAGCGUUGCUACGCUCGCUAGUGCUAAUAAUACAUCCAACAGCAGUCAGGAUAACUCGGAUGAUUUUGUUCUAGUUCCGAACAAUCUCCCAGUGGAUCCGUGCAGUGGAAACUAUGAUAAGAGUAAACCUACUAGAGUGCCUCAACCAGCUUCUAAUGCUCAGGCUAGUCCACCAAGACCAAGCUCGUUACCGAUCUCUGAGCCGAAGCCUGUGCCGACGGCAGCUAGAAAGAUUUCUCGUCCAUCAAACCAGACACCACCAAAGAGCAUCCCCAAUUCAAUACCUCGAUCUCAACCGAUCAGUAUGAAACGAUCUGAGCAUCGAAACAGUAAUUGUGAUAUUAGCUCGAUAUCGCCGCCUUCAGUGCAAUUUGCCAUCGGCACACCGCCUACGGGCAGCCGCCGAAGGUCGACUUCGGGUGGUUCACUUUCGGAAACGCCACCUCCUCCAUCCUGCUGGACAGUGAGUCCUGCUUCACAUCAUUCACCGCUGCGCCGGUCUGGCACUAGUUCUCCAGUAUUAUCCAAUGCCAUCUCGAAGCUCCCGGCUCUCGGUAGUCCCACGUUGAUGACAACGAACGACAACAACAACACUCAUCCAUUGGGAACGAGAGCUUUCACGCUACCUGAAAUGGGUGCUACCGGUGGUUUACAUAGCUACCUAAACGAUCAUAAUUUGGACGAUCAUCCCAUCAAUUUCCAGGCUCCAGAAUUACCCGCAGAGACGCUGCUUGAUCGCGAGCACAACGAAACACUGGCAAAGCUAAACUUCGUGGUUGCUCUCACGGACUGCGUCCUGGAGGUGGCCGAUUCCCGCUGUGCACCUCUGUCGGCUUUGAUGUCCGCUGAAGCUCAACCGAUUACGCCUCACGCACCGGAGCACUGCAGACGAGCGGAGCGGGUGCUGCUGCUGUUGCGCGCAAUGCAUCUUCUCUCGGCCGGAAUGAAUCUCGCGGCAGGGCAGCUGCAAAAUGGCCGCCUGAAACCGUCGCGGACGGUCAAGAGUGUUAUGCAAAUGAUGCAAAACCGGUACCGUUCCUCGUUGGCUGAAUCGAAGAGACUCCAAGGACUAGGACUGCUGCAACGGGUUAACUAUAUUACCGCGGACAAGAUGCUGUACGAACAUGCUAUUCGAAUGUGCCAAUCGGCUGCCAUGGACGAAUUAUUUGGUAAUCCGCAGAUUUGCUUCGCCCGUUACCAAUCGGCUCAGAUCUUACUACAUUCGUUGGCACAGCAAGUUAGCGAUCCAUCAGAUAAAGAGCUCGUGACGAAAUACAAAACAUCUGUCGAGCGGCGACUGUUCGUGCUGCAGCAGCAAGGUUUAAUCUAUGCGACGGAUGAACUCUCAUGAACCAGUGCUCUCCAGACGCUCAGAAGACGUCUGGCCAAGAUCUUCUGACUGGCCGGAAGCUCAGAACCACCGGUAGACGAGCUGAACAACUACCGGUGGUAGUUUGCAUGCAAAGAGGUGGACUGAUAAUGAGUAAGAAUAAGUGAUGAUAUGAAAUCGAAAUAACUAUAGAGGCAACCGAGAGCAGUCGCCUAAUCUUUGAGAUUUAUUUCCAUGAAAUUAUUUAUUUCGUGCUUAGUAUUUUACUGCAUGUUCAUUAGCGCGACAACAAAAUUCGAAUGCAGCUGUAUGUUGUCUGUGGGGCUGCUGUAAAUAGAAGAAACAAAAUAUUUUGCAGUUAAGAACUAAGAUAAACACUUUUGGCAAACAUGUAUUGUAAGAGGCUUCCACAAGAAAACCUAAUCAGAUCUUCUUCAGAGCUAUCUAUGCUUGUGUACAUAACAUGGGCUGCUGUACUAUCACCAUCACUAUCAAAUGUACAUAUUCGGCAAAUGGAAGUUUCCAAACUCAGGCGAGCCGCCUAGUACCAUAACAAUAGUGGUAUAAACGAAAUGUUCUUAAUACAAAAGAAAUACGAACAGCCGACUUGUAAGCAUUAUAUAUUGGCAAACUGCGCAACUACCAAAACUAACCCAAAAACAAACAAAAAAUAUCUGGAAAAUCCUUUACGUUUGAAUGGUAGUUUCAAUUUUGUUUAUUCGAUUUGCGAACAAUGUAAACUUCAAAACUUUCUUGAUUUGACAAAGAAAAAUAAAAUUCUACAUCCAUUCCCGAUCAUAAUCCUUUUAUAGCAUUUAAUACGGGUCGACUUUGUCCGCUCUGCAAGAGCCGCUUGUCGUAUCUGAAACCAAACCCGUUCAGAGUGGCACCUUUUAUACAGUGCGGUCUGUUGGGUAGCUUCGAACCAGACCGCCGACAAAGCAGCCUUGUACUGCUGGCUAUUCACCAGCAGCCUACCUACUAAAUAUUUGUUCCCGAAAGCAGACGAAAAGCAACAUAUUGAAACAGUCAGUAAUGAGCAGUUGAUCAAACAAGACCCUUCGAAAUUAUCAUGUUCUAUUUUUAUCCGGAAUGUACAUUCAUUUUCGAGACAGCUAAUCGAGCUGUGGUCCGACUCGCCCGAUCAGAAAAGCGUAACAGAAUAGUAUUUGAGUUUGUUUCGCUUUACUGUAUCGUUAAUCGAAAUUUUCUACUAAGUGGUAAAAUGCAGAAACCAUAAAUAUACUAACCACCGCUAAUUUCUGAUAAUAGCAGUUAGAAAAACUAAAACUACAAUAUAACAAAUUACAAUAUUUUUUGUUACUCCUUCCUGGUCGAGUCGGUUGACGUCCUUAAAAAAUUUUAUUGGUUCAAUUAAUUCGGUUGUUUUUUCAGCGCAUGGCAAACGGAAGACCCAAACAAUAUUAAAAGAAAGCAUAGUACCUAAGUACAAAACCAUCUGACAGUAAAUCCCUAGAGCGUAAAAUAAAGCAACUUGUGUAAAACUGUAAAUUAUUCUAGUUUUACGCUGGAGGGUGAGACUCCCAGCGUUAAAAUGAAAUUUAAACUCAAGUGGAUAAAAUAAUAGUGAACAUAAACAUACACAAUGCAAGUAUAAAUUACGGUAUACAGUGGAUCUUAAUCUGCGAAAAAAUGUUUUACAUGGUAAGAACGAUGACGCCAUUCUGUGCAAUCAAUGACCAUUGAGCAAGAUACUAAAUUAAGCAUUAGUGAAGAAUAUAUGAUCCACGUCUCCAAUUUUUACUAAACCACUCAUAAACCAAGUUAUGACGAUAAUUCUGAUGGUAUAAAAAAGCAGCAUAGCAAAGUAAUCGGAGUGAAAACUAUUAAAAACAAUAUAUAAAUGAAGCAAGCAAAACAAUAUGAUUAUUGAAAACAAAUCAACAUAUGUUAUACAUUUACUAAGAGAAACAAAUAAGAAAAUGGAAGAAUAUCUUCAAGAGACAACA